AUGUUGAAGAUAUGGAGCAUGAAGCAGCAGCAGCAGAAGAAUGAGGCGGCCUCGGGACAGACCAAGAAGAAGAAGGUCACUGCAGCACAACUCCGAGUACAGAAAGAUCUCAGCGAGCUCUCCCUCGGCAGCACAAUGAAAACCCACUUCCCGAACCCCGACGACAUCCUCAACUUCACCCUCACCCUCACACCCGACGAAGGCCUCUACAAAGGCGGCGUCUUCAACUUCUCCUUCGCAAUCUCGCAAAACUUCCCUCACGAACCACCGAAAGUCAAGUGCAAAGAGAAGAUCUACCACCCGAACAUCGACCUCGAGGGGAACGUCUGCCUGAACAUUCUGAGAGAAGACUGGAAGCCUGUGCUCAACCUGAAUGCGGUGAUUGUGGGGCUGCAGUUCUUGUUCUUGGAGCCGAACGCAAGUGAUCCACUCAACAAGGAUGCGGCGAACGAUCUGAUGAGUGAUCGGGAUCGGUUCAAGAGGAAUGUGAGGAGUGCGAUGGCGGGUGGCGCGGUGAAGGGCGAGAGCUUUGAUAGGGUUAUGAAUUAA